GUAAGCUUUAGAACGUCAAUCAGUUAACAUUACUUUUUGGAACCGAAACAAUAUUUUCUAUUCUUGGAUAUGGCAUAUCAAGAUUUACUUAGUUAUAAUAAUCAUGCGUUUCGGAUUUACGUCACAUGGGGAGGUUUCCUUCUUCUUAAACUCAUCUGUAUGUCUUUUCUUACUGUGUUUCAUCGGAUUCGCAAAGGCGCAGUUGCAAAUCCUGAAGACGCAGCUACAGUUCCAAAAUCAGAGAUCAAAACCGAUGAGGAUGUUGAGAGGGUUCGGAGAGCACACAUGAAUGACCUUGAAAAUAUUCCUGCAUUCUUAUUUGCUGCUUUAAUGUAUAUUUUGUCAGAUCCUGAUCCGAUUGUAGCUGCAUGGUUAAUAAGGAUUUAUGUCCUCGUGAGAAUUUUUCAUACAGUCGUUUACGCUAUAUAUCCAAUCCGACAACCAGCACGUGCUUUAUGUUUUGGAACUGGUUUUAUUGUAAUUAUGGAUAAGUGGAAGGAUAAAUGUGCUGUAAUAACUGGAGCAAAUUCUGGAUGUGGAUUCAAAAUUUUACAAAAAUUGUUAGAAUUUAAUAUGAGUGUAGUUUGCUUAGACAUUAAAGACGAUGAAGUUAGGAAGAUUCAAAACAAAAAUGUGCAUUCAAUUGUUUGCGAUAUAACCGACAACAAGUCCUUAAAUUCAGCAUUUCAGUGGAUAGAAGAGAAUUUAAAUGGAGUUGAUAUUUUAAUUAAUAAUGCAGGAAUGACGAAUAAUUUUGGAAUAUUAGAUGAGCAGAUAAAUAUAGAGGAACUAGAAAAAUGCAUGGAUGUAAAUUUUUUAGCGGGUAUUAGCUGUGCUCGACUGGCCUAUAAAUCAAUGAUGAAGGAAAAUAAACAUGGAUGUAUCAUAAACAUUAAUUCUGUGUCAGGACAUCGUGUCAUUGAAUUAGGGUCAGUCCGGCUUGGUUUGUAUAUUCCUUCAAAAUUCGCAAUUACUGCAGCUACAGAAAUUAUGCGUUUAGAACUGAAUGGAAUGAAUAAUAAGAACAUUCGUGUGACAAGCAUAUCCCCAGGUCUAAUUGAUACUUUAUUAUUCAAGACCUCAAAAUUACCACAACAAAUUGUUAAUCAUAUUGAGGAAAAAAUGGAAAAAUUGAGUACUGAGGACAUAGCAGAUGUCAUAGUUUAUGUUCUUUCUGUGCCUUACCGUAUCAAUAUUACUGAAAUUAUUCUAAGAGCUACUGGAUCUACAUUUUAA